CAUUCUGGGAAGCCGAGUUUACUACCGCCGAGGAAAGAUGGCAGGCGUGCAGCCGCCACCCCUCCGGAGCCUGGAUGAUUUCCUCCUGGGCUCGGCCCGGUUCGCUGUGCCCGACGUGCGCGACCUGGACCGCUGGAACAACCGCAUCAUCAACAACCUGCUGUACUACCAGAGCAACUACCUGGUGUCGGCGCUGGGCCUCCUGGUCCUGGUGGGGUAUUUCCAGCCCUUCCAGCUGCUCGUGGGGGCGACGGUGGUCACCUUGUUGUUCCUGGGCUUUGUCUGGGUCGCCGAGAACCGAGCUCCCGUUCGCCGCUUCCGCAGAAACCACCCCACAAUCUCCGUAUUGGCCAUUCUCUUGGCCAGUUACCUCUUUAUGUCGGUGCUGGGAGGUGUGGCCGUGUUCCUGUUUGGGAUUGCCUUCCCUGUACUGAUGGUUCUGGUCCAUGCAUCGGUGAGGCUGCGCAGCCUGAAGAACAAGCUGGAGAACAAGCUGGAGAGCAUCGGCCUGAAGAGGACACCCAUGGGACUCCUGUUGGAGGCCCUGGGACAGGAACAGGAGGCCGGAUCCUAGAGGGGAAAGAGGAAGAAGAGAUGUCCGGCGAUAGAGGGGGGAUGUCUGGAAAUGUCGAGACUAAAUGGAUGUGAGGUGGGUGGAGAACGGGAAGAGCAGAGGAAGAGAUCAUUAUUACUAAGGAAGUAGGAAGGAAGAGUCGGGAACAAAUUAACUAACCGGACACCUGGGAAACCGACUGAUGAAAAGGUUGGAAGUCAUCGUGACAAACAAAAGGAUAAAAUCAUCACUGCCGAUCUGCUUUUGUACAGAAAGUACACGUCUGUGUACUGUACAGUGUUGUAGCCAUACUGGCAUAUUCUUCUGUCUUCUAAAACAACUGCAGCUUUUACCUGGAAAAUAAGUAUUUUCCUCAACAUCUGAUUCUGUUAUUCAUUUAAGUAGAAAAUCUGGAAAUAAUUCAACUUUCUCUCAGAAUAUUAAAACUCAUUUUUUUCAGAAUAUUUCGUUCCCCAUAAUUUUGAACUUUUUUUUUAUAACUUAACAGCACCUUUUAAAAAACAAAUGAAUUGACUAGAUUUGAUUUGUAUUAAAUCUCUCCCCUCACCCUCUUCCCACAGUGGCCUGAAUACACAGCGGCCUGAUUUCCUCAUUCUUAUUUUCUUCCUGCUACCAGGGUCUCCACACGUCUCCAUACGGACAGCAGGAAAACCAAAGUGUUGGUCCUCUGCUAAAGGAUGUGGUAGUUGUAGUCGUACUAAUGAGCCUUUUCAUGCUCUCGUCAUUGCAAGUGUUUCAGGAUUGUGUCACUACAAUCACCCAACAGCAUUUUUAAUAAUCAACUCGUCCCACUGGAAUAUCUCGCUGGAAAUAUCAGUAAUAUCGUUCAAAAAAGGUCCUUUUCAGCAGAGCAGAUGGAGGCGAUACGGUAACCGGCAGGACCACAAUCAUGACACUCUUGAUCCACACUGACUUCAAAUUAGUUCCUUUUUGUUUCAUUUAGUGACUUACUUAAAUAAGAUGCGGUUAGAAGAAAACGGGAGAUAUGAAGAACAAAUCAUAGUCUGAGACUCUUUUGUCGAGCAUAAUAGUUUGUUGGUCCAGGACCAACAGGAGGUUAUGUGACGGAAACGCAUGCGUCGUUACAGUUCUUUCCCCCACAGCGCUGUGUAAACAGCCCUCCAUUGCUGCUCUGUCAUGUGCUGGCCGUGAAGCUCCACCGGAGCAAAUCCAGGACCUUGAAUGUACCCUUAAUUCCUUUUAUGACUUAAAUCCUUGUUACCAUGGACAACCACUGGCCACUAGUUUGUUGGUUGCUCUGCGCACACGUCUUCUCCUCCUUGUAAUUUACUCUCGGUCUUUAGCCACGCUUGCGAUGUUGCUCAAUGUUUCCACCAGUUGGGUCCAAACUGAAAUAUCUUGACAAAUAUUGGAUAGACUGGAAUUGAAUUUGGUUGCAGACAUGUAUGGUGAUCACAGAUCUGAUCCUCUGACUUGUCCUCCAAUAACCAUUCGUUCAGAGUUUUCUGAUCGUCCAAUGAAAUAUUUCAACAUCUAAUAGAUGGACCGGUAAAAAAAAGAAGCUUUUUGCACGAUCAUCAGUCCGUGCUUUAUGAAUAUACUAACAUGCAAAACUACGAUGGUGAACAUGCAGAACAAUCUAGCUAACACUGAUCAGUAUGUUAGCAUUGUUAGCGUUCUGACGUUAACAUUUAGCUCACAACCCAGUCUCCCAGAAUAAGAUGUUGGCAUUGUUUGUUUUCUGCAAACCACGAAUACGUUGAUGUUCCUGACCCAAAAAUGUGCUUCAUAUUAAUAUUACGGCAUACCUCUAUGUCAACGUGACCGCUCGUGGAGACCUUGCUGUUCUGAAACUGCAUUCUUAAUGAAGGCUAAGACACGGUUCGGUUUAGUAAAAGAUCUUUAGUUCUGGUUUCACUUAAGACACGAACACGGGUCUUCUGAGUGACAGUCCCGUGUUUGACACGGCCAGCCAUCCCAACCUCCUCCCAAUGCGGAUUCCCGUGGACUUUGACCAAAUGUAUUUGUGAAAAGUCCAAUGCGAAUGUUAUCCAGGAGGAAAAGAAACCUUCCCUUCAAACUUUAUUGACAAUGCAGCUUCGUUAAAUGGAAAGGUCAUUUUUCUGAGACCAGGCUGAAAUGCGGCCUCACAGCAUUGCGGAAGACUUUUAAUCUUGUUAUUUAUUCAUUAAUAUUUAUCCAUAAUACAGAGUGACUGAAGAGUCCACAAUGACCACCAAUAGCAUCCCGAUGGUUGGUUCCUUGCUUUGUAGACAUGAUGUAGGACAGCUAUAUUUUUCUUUUUGUACUACCUUGUGUUGUUUUUAAGCUAAUGAACAUUUAGAAGAAAGUACUAUUUAUGAAGGGUUUAUAGCUCAUGAUGUUGUAGCCUAGAUGGAAAGCUGAGUGAAGAUAUUUGACUAAUUGAAAAUGUAUGCUAUAGCUGCCUGUUGUGGGGACUAUGCAUUGUAUUGCUUUGGUUGAACCAAACAUGAAGACAUGACAUGUUCUAUCCACCUGUAGGUGGUAACCUUUCUCUGCAUUCCUGUAUUCCUUCUGUAUUAUUAUUAUUUGUAAUACUUGGAUGUUUUCACAGACCGAUUAUUUUCUGUUUAAUCAAAGUGUUGUUUUCUUUCUACCGUAACAUGGGAAAAGCAUUUAUUAAGAUGCAUAGGAUGCCGACUUUCGUUGUCACGUGUGCAUUUUUCAUUAUUAAUCAUAUUGCUGACAGUACAAAAAAAGGUGUUCUGGUUUCCUUAUUGUGCUAUAUGUGCCAUCGUAGUUUUCAUAUUUGUCCUGUACAGUUAUGUUUGAGACAUUUUAGACGUCGGACUCAUCCAGAGCACCCUGCUUGGCCCUGUAUCUCUAAACAUAAGUCAGGAAACACACAGUUCUGAGCAAAAACUAAUGCUUUCUGGUCUACUUGAAGGAUUUGUGAAUGACUAGAACGUAAACUGAAGGAGAACAUUUCUGUAUGACUGUACCUUUUAUUGAUUUAUGCAGCUAAUGAUUCUAAGUGUUCCGUGUUGCCUUCCAUUCAGCUAAAUGUUUGGAUUUUGAAUCUCCAACACCAUGUUUUGAUUGUUUUGCCAAAAGCUGGUAAUUACAUGUAUUUCCAAAUAAAUAAAUGAAACAAG